AUGCCUAUACCAGAGGCGAUCAAGAUCCAAGCAAAAAACAUCGAUGCUGCAGCAGGGGAGAUAAUUGGCGUUUUGGAGGAUACAAGCAAAGGAAAUGUGAUCUUUGUCAAUGGUUUGUAUGGGUUUGGGGCAUCAGCAGCACUCAAGGCAGUAGCACAACGUCUGAAAUCAUCAAAAUCAAAGUUUGACAGGGUUAUUCAUGUGGAUUGCUCGUUGUGGAAAAGCAUGAGGGCCCUGCAAAAGGCAGUUGCGGAGGAGCUGGAGCUUCCGCCGUCGGUGAUGGCCAUCUUCGAUCGGUUGGACGAGGAGGAUGAUUUCAGUGGGAUAAAUGAAGGUUCUCGACGGGUGAUAGCAGCUAUUAGCACAGAAAUCUUCAAAAAUCUCACUAAUAGUAGAUUUGUGGUGAUAUUUCACAAUGGGAGCAACGAAUACAUUGAUCUGUACGAGUGUUGUGGUGUCCCAGUAUUAUCAGUUUUGAGUAAUAAGGUGCUGUGGACAUGUCACGGGAGGUUUCGCAGCUGUCCUGGUGACUUCAAUAUAAUCAAGCACAAAGUAAAAAAGGUGACGCAUACUGAUGUCGUUAUCGAUUAUUCUGAUGAUGAUUGCAUCCGCGAUGAAGCAUUAUUGGAAGAGGCCAAGGAGAUUGUCGCUUAUAUGUGUAUUCCAGAGCCUGACAUGAACCAUAUGAUUGUUGAGAAGUGCUUUCAGUACGUCUGUGCAUUGGGUUCUCGAUCUACCUUGUCCUUCAAGUGGGAGAACCAUGCUUCAAUCUACUUGGUAUGCGAUGGGAUUAUACAAGGGCAAGGCGAUACAUCAGCAUGGGUAAUUGCCGAUGCUCUACAGAGAAACAUGUGUUUGAAUAGUCUUCUACAAUGGCCUAAUCACCUUCGUCGUCACCUGCUUCAUGACCGCUGGGUUUUGGUGCAACACAGGGUCCUGCGACCUGAUGAGGUUGGCAUAGUGCUUUCUGAUGUGACAUCCUUCUUCGCCGUACCAGAUACUACAUACCCUGUCCGAAUGACGACAUUACCAGAUGGCAUAUUCCAACAUUCGCACAGCAGCAAGCUUCGUGUGUUACAUCUCUCUGAUCACAGCUUCAGUUUUGAAUCGCCUCCCUUCCUGUGUUGCAGCCAGCUAAGACUCCUCCAUCUGAACAACUGCACAAAUAUCCCAUCUGAUAAGCAUCCAAGCCACAACGAAGACAUGUCAUGCUUCCAGAAGCUAUGGGUGCUGCACCUGAGGUAUACAGACUGGUAUCGAUUACUAUCAGAAGAGAUGAUGAACUUCAUGGCUGACCUCAGGGAGUUGUAUGUGAAGGGAGUCAUGGGUUGGAGCAUAGGUGAUUUACGUGGUAGGGGACCUUCCCUUGUCAAGGUCCACGUAGAAUCACGUUACUACUUUAUUAAUCAUGCACCAUUCCCUGACCUGUCCAGCGCAAGCUUCCUCAAGAAGAUCAUCCUUUACAAUUGUGUUGAUCUGGAACAAGUUGUCCCCGGCGUGCUGCCCCCAUCGCUUGAGUCAUUCACCUUCAAAACUGGAAAUUGUGGCACCGACAUAUCUAGCAUUUCCUUCCGGGGUUGUUCUCAGUUGAAGAGUAUACUACUAAUAGGAGUUCUAGGGAGCCUUGAGGAGCUGGACCUCUCGGGCACAAUAGUGAAAACCCUUGACCUCAGGGAAGUGAGAGUCCGAAACCUCAAACAUCUCAUCUUGCUGGGCUGCGAGAAGCUCUGUGCAAUAUUAUGGCCAUCAGAAUACGGCAUGACAAAGGUUUUGGAGGUACUGCACAUCGACACCAUACGAUAUACAUCACCUGGCCAAGCUAAUUGGGAAGAAAAACCCAGGGAUCCUAUUGCAGCUAUGGGGUCAUCAUCUAUUCUUGUUGCUACUGCUACAGAGCUGGGCAUCAGUCCACAUGCACCAUUUGAAGUUAAAUGGUACAUCUCUACAACGGAUACAAGGAUCCUUAGGUCGCUUGAACCAGUUAAAAGAUAUAUUGAGCACAGUCAUGUAUAUAUGGAAAUGGGUUCAUCUCCUACAAGUGGUGCUACUGUUGGUGACAGUGAAGUUACUCAAGGAAUCCGGAGUCUGUGUCAGCCUGAUAAUUAUUUAUAUGCAAGGGAUGCCUUCUUUCAAAGGGACCUACAGGCUGACGCUGAUAAUGAAGGUGCAACCAGCUGGAUGUGGGAUUGCCCAGCUAGUCCUACUCCAAGGGCCCAAGACUUGUAUCUUCACAUACAUGAUGAGCAGGAGGUGAAGAGGGGAUUACUACAGCAAAAACAGAGCAACACUGAAGGAAUUAAUGUUAGCGCUGUUUUCCCUGGUUUCAUAGUUAACAAUGCUCGGAUGCUUCACGUGCAUGAUAGCUCAUCCGUCACUUGCAUCACAUGCCCACAACCACAAGGUUCAUGCUGGAGGUGGCUUGAAUGGUGCCGAGUCGAGAGGUGCCCCAAGCUAAGUACUGUCUUUUAUACUCCCCAACCAAGUGAGGGUGAUAGCUUCUGUUAUGAGUUGGACACAUUCUGGGCAUCUGAACUCCCAAAGGCAUGCCACAUCUGUGAUUGGAGUGCAAUACAUAUGUUUUCCUUUGUACAAAUAGUACUAUUGCACCUGGACUAUUGCCCUAGGCUCAUACAUGCGCUUCCCUUGUCCGAGUCUGUGGACACUUUGCCUCAUUUGGAUACCCUGGAGAUUGUGUGUUGCGGUGAUCUAAGGGAGGUCUUCGCUUUGGACCCUAAGCAAAAGUGGCAGAGAAUUAUAAAAUGCCCCAAGCUAAGGCGCAUUUGA